CUAAAAAGUAAAUUAAUUUAAAAAUUGUUAAGUAUUAUUUUUGUUUUGUUUUUUUUAGUUCAUUAAAAUAUGAUCGACAAAUCGAUAUAUCAGUUCAAUUUUUAAAUCCAUCUAUGCGUUUAAAAAUAAACGAGAUUAAAGAAUGGUUUAUUUGGCAAAUAAAUUUUAUCAAAUUAAAUUUUCAUUCUAAUCAAAAUUCAGAAACAAAAAGAUUAAUUGAAUUAAAAAAUAUGGUAAUAUAUACAUCAGAUGAUAAUAAUAAUAAUUCUUCUCAAUCAUUAAUUGAUGAUCUUAGUCGACGACAUUUAUGGAAUUGUCUUUUCUAUCUACCAAAUGCUAAUAUAACUAUUUCAAACAUAAAUACAACACAUAUGCAAAUUGAAAUAACUGGAAUACGUUUACAAUCAAAUCAUAUUUUAAUAUCUGUUUUAAAACGUCUACAAAUAAUUUUAUCUUCAUUACAAAAAUCAAAAACAAAUUCAAACCGUUCUAUUGAAAUAUCUUUACAUAUGAAAUCUGUUACAGUAGUUAUAUGUGAUACUGUACCUGUAUAUUUAUCUUUAUCAAUAUCAACAAUUCGUGCAAGUCGAACAGAAAUAGAGAUGAAAAAAAGUUUAAUAUUUUUUGAUAAUCAACCAUCGGAUAAUAUUGUUAGUGGCUUUUUUUUACUAGGUUUUUUUGUUUUUCAAAUUAUUGUUUUGUUUUU